UAAUCGUGGACAUGAUGUCAAGUCUACACGGUGUAAACAUCAGCUUGAGGACUCUUAAAAGUAAACUGAACGAAGCCGGGUUGUACCGCAGAAAGGAUUAUUCCUCGCCAAACGCCGUGAGUAACGCCAUCAGAUUUGAACUUCGUGGACCUGGACAACUACUCAAUGGGACCUAACUAUAUGUGGCACGCAGAUGGUUAUGACAAACUUAAGCCAUUCGGUUUGGCCAUUUCGGGAUGCAUAGAUGGAUUUUCACGUAAAGUAUUGUGGCUUCAAUGUGGACCAACAAAUAAUAACCCAACAGUGAUUGCUCACUAUUUCAUGUCAUGUGUGCGAAAACUCGGUGUCAUCCCCAUGAGACUGAGGACUGAUUGCGGCACUGAGAACGGCAUAAUGGCUGCAAUUCAAUGUACCCUACGCCACCAUCACAGUGACUACUACUCUGGAGCGUCCAGCCACAUGUACGGCUCAUCUAUAAAUAACCAGCGUAUUGUGUCCUGGUGGUCUAUAUUUAGAAAGGGAAGGUCUCAGUUCUGGAUGGAGUUAUUUGCCGACCUUAGAGAUGCCGGAUACUUCAACGGGAGUCAUGAGCAUCAAUGCCUAUUGAGAUAUUGCUUUGGUGAUGUUAUUCAGAAGGACUUGGAUGAGUGUGUGAGACUGUGGAACAGCCACAGGAUUCGCCCUUCCAGAACAGCAGCAUGUCCAGGAGGAGUGCCCAAUGAACUCUACUACUUACCACACAGGUUUGGCUCCAGAGACUGCGGAUUUCAAAGUGAACAAGCUGAACUGGAUGCCCUUCCUGAGGCUAGCCUGUCAAUGACUCCUUGUGGGGACCCAAACAUGCAGGAGUACUUGGACUUUGCCAUGGAACACAAUCAGUUACAGAAGCCAGACAACUGGGAGUCUGCAUCCGAACUGUACAUGAAACUAAAAGAAAUGGCUCAGCUAUGAAAUGAUCAAAAAGGGAGGGUUUUUUGUAGUGGUGGAAUACUGCUGUCUGUCUGAACACAAUAUUUAUGAAUCUGUCACCCAAAGCUUAAUUGUUUUUAAGUGUGAAGUAAAUUAAUCAAAAAUAGUAA